UAACUAAUGUUAACAUUUACCACGGCGUGGGAGUGUAAGCAAAGUGAAGAGGAGAUUACUGUAGCCUACAGUUCAUUGACAGACAGUAAUCAGAUGUGCAAAGACAAGACAAGAGAUGGCGACCAGCACUGGGCUGUGUUACCUGUGUUUGUUGGUCAUAGCGAAUUGGGGUAGUCUCAAUGGUUCAAGCUAUACUAGGCCGCUCGAGGCCACUAAGGACGGCGACAUCAUCAUCGGUGGAAUCUUCCCUGUGCACGAGAGCGUCGAUUUCGAAGACAACUACGAUGGAAGGCCGUCCAGCCGAAAUUGCACCAGGUAUAGCGUGGCACGGUUGCUUCAGGCUCUGAUGCUGGUGGAAGCAGUGGGGGCUGUGAACCGCUCACCUCUGCUAGGUAACCUGACGCUGGGCUACCACAUAGUGGACUCCUGCUCGGACGUCACCACUGCAGUGGCUGUUAUGCAGAGGUUCCUAGAUGCUUGCAACAACAGCAGGCCUGGAUGGAGCAACAGCAUACCUGGUUGGAACAACAACAGACCUGGAUGGAGCAACAACAGACCUGGAUGGAACAACAGCACACCUGGAUGGAGCAACAACAGACCUGGAUGGAACAACAGCAGACCUGGAUGGAACAACAGCAUACCUGGAUGGAACAACAGCACACCUGGAUGGAACAACAGCAGGCCUGCACGUCCCCCGGGAUUGGUCAGCGUUGUGGUUGGAGCAUACCACUCAGAGAUCUCCAUCGCUGUGGCUAGACAGCUGUCCAUCAAACAAAUCCCACAGAUCAGUUAUGGCUCCACUACGGGAAUUCUGAGCGACAAAUCUCGCUUCCCAGCCUUCAUGCGGACAGUGCCGGAGGACAACUAUCAGGCUCAGGCCAUCGUCGACAUCCUGGCACACCACAACUGGACCUGGGUGGGCGUGGUGACAACCGACGGGGACUACGGUCGCUACGCUGCCCAGCGCUUCCAAGAGCACGCGAGGGUAAAGGGCAUCUGUGUUGCCUUCUGCGAGGUGCUCUCAGACAUUCUAGACGACAGAAAUCUGGCACAGGUGAUAAAUUCAAUCGUCCAAGACAUUGAAAAGGAUCCCAGAAUCGGAGUCAUUGUGUCCUUUGCCAAACCAGAUCACAUGAAGUACCUCAUGAGCAUGCUCACACCCAACGCCACCGGACGCGUCUGGAUCGCCAGUGACAACUGGGCUACGUCUGCCCGCGUGCUAGAGGACCGAAAGCUCAGUGACAUCGGGACUGUCAUCGGGGUCACCCUGAAAUCUUCAAAUAUGUCACACUUUGAGAGGUACUUGGAGCAUCUGGAUCCUGACCUGGAUGCCCAGAACAACACCAUCCUGCGCCAGUACCUGUGGACGAUGGGCAAGGGCUUGACCCAGCCUGAGCUGGGAGCAGCGCUGAAGAGGAAGAUCUACCCAUACGCCGUGUUCAGCGUGGGGCUGGCAGUCAGAGCCAUAGCCAACGCCUUGGCCAACCUCUGCGCAAACAGAGACUGCAGAGGAGGCAACAACUUUAAGUCAUGGGAGCUGAAGAGUGCUUUGCGGAGGAGCAACUUUACAUUGGGGCCAGACGAUACUCAUCAGUACAAAUUCGAUAAACACGGUGAUCUCAACACUGGCUACGAUGUCAUCCUCUGGGAGCAGGAUGGAGAGAACGUGGACAUGACCAAAGUCGUGGCCAAGUACGACAUCAGCUCACGGGAUCUCUCCUUUGUGAAUGAAGCAAAGAUCUCCAACCUUGUGGGAAAUGUAACAUCCAGGUGUUCUGCCGACUGUCAGCCAGGAUAUAGGAAGGUGUCCCAAGAUGAAGGGCCUGUUUGCUGCUUUAAAUGUACCAAAUGCAGCAAAAACACCUACAACAAUGGAACAGACGCAGAGGACUGUAUGAAAUGUGAAGAUGGCCAAUGGUCUGAGGAGGGUAGCACCAGGUGCCUGGACAAAACGAUUGUGUUUUUUGGUUGGAAAGAGAACUUUGCGAUCGUCUUGUUGUCGUUUGCUGCGCUGGGUGUGCUCCUGACGCUGGUGGUGCUGGUUCUGUUUCUGGCCCGGUGGACCACGCCCGUGGUGAAGUCCUCUGUCGGGCCCAUAUGCCUUCUGCUCCUCUUCUCUCUGCUCGGCACCUUCGUCAGCGCCGUGCUCUUCGUGGGCAAGCCCAACGACGCCCAGUGCCAGGCGCGCCAGGUGCUCUUCGGCCUCAGCUUCACUGUGUGCGUCUCCUGCAUCCUGGUCAAGUCCUUGAAGAUCCUCCUGGCCUUCCAGAUUGACCCUUCAAUAAGGCUGGUUCUAGACAAACUCUUCCAGCCCUACCUGAUCAUUGCGGCCUGUGUAGCUAUCCAGGUGGGGAUCUGUACAGCCUGGCUUCUUAUAGAAGCUCCCCAUGCCGAACGGAAAGACCUCAGACGAGACAAGAUUGUACUGCAGUGUAACGAAGGCGGCAUGCUUUUCUUUGGCCUCAUGCUAGGCUACAUCGGCCUUCUGUCCCUGAUCGGGUUUGUUGUAGCCUUUUAUAGCCGGCGGCUGCCUGAGGGCUACAACGAGGCCAAGUUCAUCACCUUCGCCUUGGUCGUCUACUUCGUCUGUUGGGUGGUGUUCGGGCCCGUCUACUUCCACGCGGAAGUGGGCGAUUUCCUCCCGGCGGUGGAGAUGAUCGUCAUCCUCUUCACGGCCUACGGCAUCCUCUGCACGCUGUUCUUGCCGAGGUGUUACGUCAUCUUGUUCAGAAAAGAGCGCAACACCAAGGAAGCCUUCCGCCAGAACGUGCGCGAAUACUCCCAUCGGCCGUCCCUGGAGCCACCCAGCAUCCUGCUGACGGACGACCCCGGCUCCAACGGGCAGGCGUACCACCCCCUGCAGGCCUCCAGCUCCCAGACGUCGCUGGCAUCGCUGGUGCCCAGAGAGGAGAUGCCUGACGGGCGCGUCUCGCCGGAAUCAACCAUGUCUAGUGCCCACCUGAAACCCAAAUCACCACCACCACCACCACCACCAACAAAAACAGCAACAGCAACAACAGCAACAACAACAGCAACAACAGAAAACACCUUCUUAACGGGGGACAGGACCACUCUGAUAAACAAGCGCAAAAAGUCUCUUGUGAGGUGUGCUACUGUACAUUGAAGCCAUUCGGCGUUCUAGAACUACAUAUUUUAUUUACCUCCGCCAAGGAGGUAUAUGUUUUCAUCGGGGACCGGCGUUUUUCUGUCUGUCUGUUUGUUUGUUUGUUUGUCUGUUUGUUAGCAAGAUAACUCAAAAAGUAAUGGAUGGAUUUCGCUGAAAUUUUCGGCGAAUGUCAGGCAUGACCCAAGGAAGAAACGAUUACAUUUUGGUAGUGAUCCGUAAUUCUGUAGGCGUUUAUGUAUUUAGCUUAGUGGUGUAAUGGCCAUGUGGUGGCGAUCUGAAUAGUUUAGAUUCAAAUGUAUGACAACCUAGGAAGAAGAAGGCAGGCGGAGGUAGCUGCGCUCUCUGAGUGCUUUUCUAGUUUAUUUCUGCAUCCUGUACUGUAAGUGCACAAGUAUAAGCACAUAUGCUAAUGAUAUUGUUGUGGAAUCUAAUUACUGGUUAACAAAUACCUCAGAACAAGUGUUAAUACAAUGUGUAUGUUUAUGCUUUUAUGCACAUUAAGGGUACUGUGGCCUACAAAAAUGCAAGAGUGUUUAGAUUUAUAGAAAUCAUGAAAUGAAUUUAUAGAAAAAGACUUAUUUUGGCUUACAAAUAUUUUUAUUUCAUUUAUGAAUCAAAAUGUGUUAUUGUAUGUAAUCAAUUUUAAUUGUUUUUACUAAAUUGUUGGCAAACCUUGGAAUAAUGCAAUAAAAACAUAUGUGUAGAGGAA